UGUCACCAUUAAUGGGGCUAAUAAUCAAUAACGGCUGGAAAAUAUCAGUAGAGGAUAUUAUUAAUAUCGUUCAAAACUGGAUACAAUAUUCAAUUGUGUUUUGGUCUCAGUUUUUGAAACUAUUUGCAUUAAUCGAAAUAAUAUUUGAGAUCUGGUGUUUAGUGGAUAAAGAAGGGUUUAGUAAGAAAUUCAGCAAUUGGAAACUCAGUUUAUCUGACAAAAAAUUAAUGGAUAUUGAUGAGUUUAAUUAUAUUGUUAAUCAUUAUUUUGAUGUUAACUUGGAAUUUAUUAAUUUUUUUGAGAGAUUGAGGUCAGAUAAUUAUGAUACAGUUUUGAAGGAAAUUAAAGGUUUCAAUCAGGAAUUGAAUAACUUGAGACAGUAUUAUAAAUCCCAAAAUCUUUUUCAGUUGAUUAAUUGGAGAGAUUUUGAGAAUUCAAUUGUUGAUUUUGAACUUACAAGUCAAAAUGAUAUAAAUAUAAAUAUGAAUGAUAUUGAAAAUAAUUCAUUACUCGCUAUUUCAUUUGGUAAAUCUGAUAAAAGAGAUGAGUUUGGUAAGAUUGAAUAUCUUUUCAUUUUGUUUAAAAAAGGAUUAGUUAUAACUGAACUUCAAUGGUUUGAAACGUUUUUGCAAUUAAAAGUCGAUCAAAAUCCAAUCAUUUUUGAUAAUAUAAAGUUUGAAGAAGUAAAAGAAGUGAAUGAAAUUGGUGAAAUCAGUGAUUUUAGUGAUAAUAGUAAGCCAUAUUCAUAUUUAGAAGAUGAUAGUUUAUAUGAUCAGAACAAACCUCUUACAUUAAUUUAUAUUACAGAUAUUUCAAAAAGUGACACACUCAUUACAUAUAAUUGCUAUUACUCUAUUUAUGAGUUCCAUAAAAGAUUAUUAAAACCCUUCAAUGACUAUCAAAAGAAUAGAACCAAGAAGAAAACAAAAGAAAAUCAACUGCUUUGGAAUAAAAAUGAUAGUAACAGUGAUUCAAUUCCAAAUCUUAGUGCUGACGACGAAAAAUUGUUACAAGAUUUACUCAGUGGUAAAAUACUUGGAAAAAAAGAAAUUAAAAAAACAUUUAUUUGAAAUUUUUUCAUUUUUUUCUGGAAAACUUUUCUAUCGGUGACUGACCUUUAUGAAAAUGUUAAUAUUUUUAGUAAAAGCAC